UCGGGACUGGUUGAUCGAAGGAAAUUUCAGACGAAAGCAUGUUGGUGUCGCGUGGAAACUUUGUUUACGCGUUCGGCGAGAAGUCCCCGUACGUGAAGGAUAAUAGGAGCCAAGAGAAUGCGAUCAACGUUAUGACGGCAAAUCGGAUCGUCGUGUUUCUCGUAUUUGUGUCCGGUGUAGCGGUUGCUGUCAUCGGCACCUUGCUGUCCCAAUACAUUCGAAGUGCAUCCAAAGGUUUACCAGAACCAUACUCCCUUUCAGACUAUGACUUUCGCCACGUAUUUAUUCCGUUGCCCUCGGAGGGGACGUUGGACCUGUACGAUGAAUCCACUUUGGGCGUAGCGUUACCCACGUCGUCCCAACUGGAUCAACUGAAAAUGCAAAAUAACGCUAGGACCACCGCGGAGGCGUUAACGUCGCUGCACUUGGCGCUGGAGAUGAAAUUAUCCGGAAAGCAAAAGAAAGCGGUGAAAUUGUUUCAGCAUGCGGUGGCACUGGCUCCUCGUCAUCCAGAUAUCUUGAAUCAUUACGGAGAGUUCCUGGAACACACGCAAAACGAUGUAAUCAAAGCGAACGAGUAUUACGUACGAGCAUUGACUUACCAACCGAAUCACGAGGGUGCUCUGAUAAACAGUCAGAGAACAGCCCGGGUCGUGGAGGAGUUGGAUCGAAGAAUGCUAAGGCGUAUAGACGAGAAACGAAACGCGUUAUCGGCUAUACCGGAUAACAACGCGGCGUUGAUUCGCGCGAAAAAGGAGGCUUACUUCCAGCAUAUCUAUCACACCGUUGGGAUAGAGGGAAACACGAUGAAUCUGGCUCAAACCAGAGCGAUCGUUGAAACGCGAACCGCGGUAGCUGGUAAGAGCAUCGACGAACACAACGAAAUUCUAGGUCUCGACGCUGCGAUGAAGUACAUAAACGCGACUCUGGUCAACCGAGUCGGAUCUAUUUCCAUCAAAGAUAUACUUGAGAUCCACACGCGUGUUUUGGGUCACGUGGAUCCCGUCCAAGGUGGCCAGUUUCGACGUACUCAGGUGUACGUCGGUGGUCACAUCCCUCCUGGUCCUGGUGACAUACAUUAUCUCAUGGAGGAGUUUGCGUUGUGGUUAAACAGUGAGAGGGCUAUUCGAAUGCAUCCUGUCAGGUACGCGGCUCUGGCACACUACAAAUUGGUGCACAUACAUCCAUUUUCAGACGGCAACGGAAGGACGUCCCGUUUGCUGAUGAACAUGAUCCUAAUGCAGGCUGGUUAUCCACCGGUUAUCAUUCACAAGCAGCAUCGUCACACGUAUUAUGAAAAUCUUCAGAUUGCGAAUACAGGGGAUGUUCGUCCGUUCGUUAGAUUCAUCGCCGAGUGUACCGAGCAAACGUUGGAUCUGUUCUUGUGGGCGACCAGUGAGUUUUCCAGGCAAGUUCCCGCUCUUAGCCAAGAUACCCUGUUUACCGAACGGCAGGACACGAUCGCUUUAGAGGAUGAUGGCAGCGGUGAGGACAGCUUGGACGACGACUGACACCUAUGCGGGUGAAUUGUCGCGAAAUUUCACGCGACGUAUCAUUAGUAUUUUCACGACCAAAGAAUUCUCUGCGCGUUGAUUCGCGCAGAGAAACCCAUGAUCGUCGACGAGUCGACGGUACAGAUAUGCUUCCGUUACACAACAGUUUCCGUUCCGCUCUAUCGUACAUUUUUUUGUCGCGUUAGAAUAAAAUGCAUCGCAGAAACGCAUGGACGUUACAAAAUCCGAUCAAAGACUGUGAUCUAAUGUAAGAACCUUUGUAAGUAGUACAUUUAACUGGGAGGAAGACUUUUAAACGUCGGUAGAUCUAUCUUGCCGUAUAAAAGAAGUAUCGCGUGUAGAUAAAUGCAAAUCUUACUUGCUGGUCAAGUUAUUUGCUACGUAUAGAAGAAUGUAAAUACGUACACUGCUUUUAAUAAAUACGUUAUUUUCGAAAUCAUCGUUCUCUUGUAUUUUUCUUCGUUCACCGUUUCGGUUCGAUACAAAUUUUCGCACACCUAUCGGCGAUUGGUACGCGUUAAACGGGCCCGCCAUUUUUUUCAGCCUUUAAAUCAAUCACUGCUGUUUUUUAUUUAUUAGGUAACAGGGCUAGAAUUUUUCAUCUUUUUCUCUCUUACAAGUAUUUACGAACAAAGCGUAAAGUUAAGGAACGACCGUACAUUACUGCCAUCAAACGCGCCUCUCGUUUUCUACACUCUACUUUACGUCAUUUUCUUAUAUAAAAAAAUAUGCAACUGCAUCGGCAUGUUUGAACACCGCGUUUAAACACAGAAUAAAACGGUGGCGCGCAAUUUCGAAAGCUCUUUCCCGUCGUCUCGUUACCUGACUCGACGAACCUCGUACGACCGUUUCAAAUAAUGGCAAGACAAAGAAAAUAAUUAUUAAACGCACGACUUCUACGAAACUUUAAUUUCUUUACUUCUAAUAAAACAUUAUCGAUGCCUCAUCGGAUAAAAUAACGAUACAGAGAUGGUUCGCACCGACUGUUUAAGCGCGCGAUUGAUUAAAAUACGUAUCACGAGUGAACAGAAUGCUUUGCGAUUCUUAACGCUAGACGUGCAAAUGCUUUGUUUUUUUCCUCUCCUCUUUAUACGCAAUACAACCAUGCGAAUUUUUAUCUAUAUAUAAAUACAUUUCUAUAAAAAUCGAAUUUUGUCAACAAACUUAGUCGACGAUCUAUCGUUUGAUCUCUUGUUUCUUUCCCACGUUCGUUCUCAUCGUUCACCGUAUUCCAUUCCCAUCUCUUUUUAACUCCCAAUCUUUCAGCGGUUACAAAGCCCGUCCUCUUUCUGUCCGUGGAACACGGUUCGUUCGAUACCGUACUUUCGUAAAAAUUAAAAAAAAAAAAGCAAAAAUAAAUUGAAAUCAAACGGGAGAAAAAGAAAAAUCGUCGCUAUAUCGAUUACAAAAUCACGAGGGGAAAAAAAAAAGAUACAAGGGGAGAGCAUAUAUAAAAGAAUAUCUAAAACGAUUAGCAAUAGUAGAAUCUU